AUGGAACUCCCCUUUGGGUCCCUGCAAACUACCACCUUCCAUCGGUUCACUCCAGAGUCGCUGGCGAAGAUUGAGAAGCAAAUUGCUGCCAAGAAGGCAGCAAAGAAAGCCAGGGACAAGCACACAGAGCAGAAAGGCCAAGAAGAGAAGCUUCGGCCCCAAUUAGACUUGAAAGCCUGCAACCAGCUGCCCAGGUUCUAUGGCGAGCUCCCAGAAGAACUGGUUGGAGAGCCCCUGGAGGAUCUGGAUCCCUUCUAUCAGACACAUCGGACAUUUAUGGUGCUGAACAAAGGGAGGACCAUUUCCCGGUUUAGUGCUACUCGGGCCCUGUGGCUAUUCAGUCCUUUCCACCUGAUUAGAAGAACAGCCAUCAAAGUGUCUGUCCACUCAUAUCCUUUGUGGUUCAGUUUUUUUAUUACAGUCACUAUUUUGACCAAUUGUGUAUGCAUGGCCCGAACUGAUCUUCCAGACAGAGUCGAGUAUAUCUUCACUGUUAUUUACACUUUUGAAGCCUUGAUAAACAUAUUGGCAAGAGGAUUUUGUCUAAAUGAAUUCACUUACCUGCGAGAUCCUUGGAACUGGCUGGAUUUUAGUGUCAUUUCCCUAGCAUACCUUGCUGAAGCAAGAGCUUUCCGAGGGCUCUCAGGCCUGCAGACAUUCAGAGUCCUUAGAGCUUUAAAAACGGUAUCCGUGAUCCCAGGGCUGAAGCUCAUCGUGGGGGCUCUGAUUAACUCAGUGAGGAAGCUGGCUGACGUGACCAUCCUCACCAUCUUCUGCCUGAGUGUCUUUGCCCUGGUGGGCCUGCAGCUCUUCAAAGGCAACCUCAAGAACAAAUGUGUCAAGAACUUCAUGGAUCUCAAUGACACGGCCAAUUUCUCUCACAGAGCAAGUGAGUAGAAAUGCUGCCAUAGGGACAAAGAUUUCUACACCAAUUUUCCAGGUACCUCUGAUCACUUACUGUGUGGUAAUGCAUCUGGUGCCAGCCACUGUCUGCCAGGCUAUGUCUGCCUCAAAACCUCUGACAACCCGGACUUUAACUACACCAGCUUUGAUUCCUUUGCUUGGGCUUUUCUCUCACUGUUCCGCCUCAUGACACAGGAUUCCUGGGAACGCCUCUACCUGCAGACCCUGAGGACUUCUGGAAAAAUCUAUAUGAUCUUUUUCAUGAUUGUCAUCUUCCUGGGAUCUUUCUACCUGGUCAACCUGAUCUUGGCUGUGGUCACCAUGGCAUAUGAGGAGCAGAGAAAGGCAACCAUUGAUGAAACUGAAGCAAGGGAGAAGAAAUUCCAAGAAACCCUUGAGAUGCUCCAGAAGGAGCAGGAGGUGCUGGCAGCACUGGGGAUAGAUACAGCCUCUCUCCACUCCCGUGAUGGACCAGCUUUAACCUCCAAAAAUGCCAGUGAAAGAAGGCACAGAAUAAAGCCAAGGGUUUCAGAGGGCUCCACAGAAGAAAAAAAAUCACCCCAAUCUGAGCCCUACAACCAGCGCAGGAAGUCUUUCCUAGGCCCCACCUCUGGGAUACGCCGGGCUAGCCAUGGCAGCGUAUUCCAUUUCCGGGCCCCUGGCAGAGACAUCUCACUUCCUGACGGUGUCACAGAUGAUGGAGUCUUCUUUGGAGACCAUGAAAACCACAGGAACUCCCUGCUGCUGGGUGGAGGUGCUGGCCAUCAGGUCCCCCUCCCCAGGAACCCACUGCCUCGACCCUCCAACCCUGGCUUAGGGCAUGGAGAAGAUGGACACCCCACACUGCCCACUAAUGAGCUUGCUCUUGGAGCUGUCGAAGUCUCGGCAUUCGAUGCAGGACAGAAGAAGACUUUCUUAUCAGCAGAAUACUUGAAUGAACCUUUCCGAGUCCAAAGAGCAAUGAGUGUUGUCAGCAUCAUGACCUCCGUUCUCGAGGAACUCGAGGAGUCUCAGCAGAGGUGCCCGCCCUGCUUCACCAGCUUGGCUCGGAAGUAUCUGAUCUGGGAGUGUUGCCCCACCUGGGUGAAACUCAAGACGCUUCUCUUUGGGAUUGUAACGGACCCCUUUGCAGAGCUCACCAUCACCUUGUGCAUCGUGGUGAACACAGUUUUCAUGGCCUUGGAGCAUCACGGCAUGAGCCCUGCCUUCAACGCCAUGCUCCAGAUAGGCAACAUCGUCUUUACCAUAAUUUUUACUGCUGAAAUGGUCUUCAAAAUCAUCGCUUUUGACCCCUACUACUACUUCCAGAGGAGGUGGAAUAUCUUCGACUGCAUCAUUGUCACCUUGAGCCUGGUGGAGCUGGGCAUGUCCAAGAAAGGAAGCCUGUCUGUGCUGCGGACCUUCCGCCUGCUGCGGGUCUUCAAGCUGGCCAAGUCCUGGCCAACCUUAAACACACUCAUCAAGAUCAUCGGGAACUCCGUGGGAGCACUAGGGAAUCUCACCAUCAUCUUGGCCAUCAUUGUCUUUAUCUUCGCUCUGGUUGGCAAGCAGCUCCUUGGGGAAAGCUACUGCAUUAAAAGGAAAAACAUUGCCAAACCCGAUGAAGAAUGGCCCCGCUGGCACAUGUAUGAUUUCUUCCACUCCUUCCUGAUCGUCUUCCGGAUCCUCUGUGGAGAAUGGAUUGAGAACAUGUGGAACUGCAUGGAAGUUGGCGAGAAAUACAUUUGCCUCAUCCUUUUCUUGACAGUGAUGGUGCUGGGGAACCUGGUGGUGCUCAACCUGUUCAUCGCCCUGCUGCUGAACUCUUUCAGUGCUGACAACCUCACAGCCCCAGAGGACGAUGGGGAGGUGAACAACCUGCAAGUGGCCCUGGCACGGAUCCAGGUGUUUGGCCGCCGCACCAGGCAGGCCCUUUGCAACUUCUUCCGCAGGUCCUGCCUUUUCCUCCAGCCCACAACAGAACCCCAGCUGGUGGUGAAACUCCCACCCUCAAGCUCCGCUGCCAAGAACCACGUUGCUGCUGACCCCGCUGCAGGUAGCCCUGGAGGGCUCUCCUCUCCUAGAGGCCCCGGGGAUAAACACAGUGACUUCAUCAACAAUCCCAACGUGUGGGUCUCUGUGCCCAUUGCCGAGGGUGAAUCCGAUCUCGAAGAUUUGGAGGAUGAGGAUGAGGAGGAUGCUCAGAGCUCUGGGCAGGAAGUGGUGCCUAAAAGGGAGGAGCAACUGCAGCAAGUCAGGAGUUAUGAAGACCACCAGGCACCCAGAAGCCCAGGCUCUGGGAUGUCCUCUGAGGAUCUGGCUCAAUACCUGGGUGAAAAGUCGAAAGACAAGGCUACUUCUCAGGAUCCCACAGAGGGAGUGGAUGACACUAGCGCCUCGGAAGGCAGCACCGUGGACUGCCAGGAUCCAGAAGAGAUCCUGGGGAUUCCUGACCUUGACGAACCAGACGACUGCUUCACAGAAGGCUGCAUGCACCGCUGUCCCUGCUGCAAGGUCAGAACCACCAAGUUUCCCUGGGAUGUGGGCUGGCAGGUGCGCAAGACCUGCUACCACAUCGUGGAGCACAGCUGGUUUGAGAGCUUCAUCAUCUUCAUGAUCCUGCUCAGCAGUGGGUCUCUGGCCUUUGAAGACUACUACCUUGACCAGAAGCCCACGGUGAAAGCCUUGCUGGAGUACACUGACAGGAUGUUCACGUUUAUAUUUGUCUUCGAGAUGCUGCUCAAGUGGGUGGCCUAUGGCCUCAAAAAUUACUUCACCAAUGCCUGGUGCUGGCUGGACUUCCUCAUUGUGAACAUCUCACUGACAAGCCUCAUAGCGAAGAUCCUGGAGUCAGAUAUGGAAUCCAUCAAAGCCCUUCGGACCCUCCGUGCCCUGCGGCCGCUGCGGGCUCUAUCUCGAUUUGAAGGCAUGCGGGUGGUAGUGGAUGCCUUGGUGGGCGCCAUCCCAUCCAUCAUGAACGUCCUCCUCGUCUGCCUCAUCUUCUGGCUCAUCUUCAGCAUCAUGGGUGUGAACUUCUUUGCAGGGAAGUUUUGGAGAUGUGUCAACACCACCAAUGAAGAUUUUCCUCUUGUGCCCUUGUCUAUUGUGAAUAACAAAUCUGACUGUCAGCAUCAAAACUACACUGGCACCUUCUUCUGGGUGAACAUGAAGGUCAACUUUGACAACGUUGCAAUGGGUUACCUUGCACUUCUGCAGGUGGCAACCUUCAAAGGCUGGAUGGAUAUCAUGUAUGCAGCUGUUGAUUCCCAAGAGGUGGACAUGCAGCCCAAGUGGGAGGAAAAUUUGUACAUGUACCUGUAUUUCGUCAUCUUCAUCAUUUUCGGCGGCUUCUUCACACUGAAUCUCUUUGUUGGGGUCAUAAUUGACAACUUCAAUCAACAGAAGAAAAAGUUAGGGGGCCAGGACAUCUUCAUGACCGAGGAGCAGAAGAAGUACUACAACGCCAUGAAGAAGCUGGGCUCCAAGAAGCCCCAGAAGCCCAUCCCGAGACCCCUGAACAAGUACCAGGGCUUUGUCUUUGACAUCGUGACCAGACAAGCUUUUGACGUCAUCAUUAUGGUCCUUAUCUGCCUCAACAUGAUCACCAUGAUGGUGGAGACUGAUGACCAGAGUGAAGAAAAGACGAAAAUCCUCAACAAAAUAAACCAGUUCUUUGUAGCCGUCUUCACAGGAGAGUGUGUCAUGAAGAUGUUUGCCCUCAGGCAUUACUACUUCACCAAUGGCUGGAAUGUGUUUGACUUCAUCGUUGUAGUCCUCUCCAUUGGGAGCUUGGUGUUUUCUGCAGUCAUUCAUUCACUUGAAAAGUACUUCUCCCCAACACUCUUCCGAGUCGUCCGCCUGGCCCGGAUCGGCCGCAUCCUGAGGCUGAUCCGAGCAGCCAAGGGGAUUCGCACACUGCUCUUCGCCCUCAUGAUGUCCCUGCCUGCGCUGUUCAACAUUGGCCUGCUGCUCUUCCUCGUCAUGUUCAUCUACUCUAUUUUUGGCAUGUCUAGCUUCCCCCACGUGAAGCGGGAGGCCGGCAUCGAUGACAUGUUCAACUUCCAGACCUUUGCCAACAGCAUGCUGUGCCUCUUCCAGAUCACCACGUCGGCCGGCUGGGACGGCCUCCUCAGCCCCAUCCUCAACACGGGUCCCCCCUACUGUGACCCCAAUCUGCCCAACAGCAAUGGCUCCCGGGGCAACUGUGGGAACCCAGCCAUGGGCAUCCUCUUCUUCACCACCUACAUCAUCAUCUCCUUCCUCAUCGUGGUCAACAUGUACAUUGCAGUAAUUCUGGAAAACUUUAAUGUGGCCACGGAGGAGAGCACCGAGCCCCUGGGUGAGGAUGAUUUUGACAUGUUCUAUGAGACCUGGGAGAAGUUCGACCCAGAGGCCACUCAGUUUAUUACCUUCUCUGCCCUUUCAGAUUUUGCAGACACCCUCUCUGGUCCCCUGAGAAUCCCAAAACCUAAUCGGAAUAUAUUAAUCCAGAUGGACCUGCCUUUGGUCCCGGGAGAUAAGAUCCACUGUUUAGACAUCCUUUUUGCCUUCACCAAGAAUGUGCUGGGAGAAUCUGGUGAACUGGAUUCUCUGAAGGGAAAUAUAGAGGAGAAGUUUAUGGCAACUAAUCUUUCAAAAGCAUCCUAUGAACCAAUAGCCACCACCCUGCGGUGGAAGCAAGAAGACAUUUCAGCCACUGUCAUUCAAAAAGCCUAUCGGAGCUAUGUGCUGCACCGCUCCAUGACAGUCUCCAACCCCCAGGGUGUGCCCGUGGCUGAGGAGGAAGCCGUGCCACCCCCAGAUGAAGGCUUUGUUGCAUUCAUGGCAAAUGAAAAUUGUGUGCUCCCAGACAAAUCUGAAACUGCAUCUGCAACAUCUUUUCCACCAUCCUAUGACAGUGUCACUAGAGGUCUUAGCAAUAGAGCCCACUUGAGCACAUCUAGCUCACUGCAGAAUGAAGAUGAAGCCACUGGUAAGGAAGCGCCUGUUCCAGAGCCCCAGUGA